UGUGAGUCACAGGACACGAGAUUGUCUAGAGCGUACUUUUUCGACCUAAAGCUUAAUAUCCUGUGAUACUUACGUAAUGCCCUGCCUUCACUUUGUUGUGCCCAGCAGAAAAGUCGAAUACCGACCCUGGUUUGAUCCCGAGCAAACUACCCUUCUAAGCGCUCGGGUCAUAUUGUCUCUGCAGAGCUCACAAGCUGUUUUUCGGAAUGUAACGUUCACCUCGUCAAUCUCCGCAGAUUUCCCAACCCUGAAUUCUUUCUGAGUUACUAUGGCGGGUGACGUGUUCGCUUAUGGGGUCGUCUUGCUCGAGCGUUUUAUUUGACAAAUGGGAAUCGACAGCAAUCGACCUGACGAAUACAACCUGAUUCAGUGGGUGAGGAAAAGAUUCAAAACGGCCAGUUUUUUCGAAUAUAGACCCCGCUUUCUAUCGAGAAUAACUACUCACCAGAGCUGAUACAGGGGUGACAGAGCUAGCCCUCAACUGCGCCCAUUUUCCGAAGUCCCCAAGACCAUCAACGAAGUCCGGUGUGACCACAUGUGAGCCAAUUUAUGAAUGCAAGCUGCCAGGGGGGAGAUUCGAGCGAACUUUGGUGCGAGAUCACUUUUGAUUUAUGCAUUGAAGUCUUUCAUAUUUCUGAAGGAAGGCGGCUAGUAUUCAUCUGAGACAGGAAGUUUUGACUGCUUUGGAAACGAUAAGCGUUAUCGGAUUGCCGGGCACGCCAAUCACUCCUACGGACAGAGAGGAAGACUGGCCAGCGAGGAGACCCGGGCACAGGUAUCAAUACAUGAGCAUGGACAGUGAGUCGGCGAACCAUACCGAAGGAGGUCAGGCUUUGCGAUCCAUCCGGCUCAGUCGCGGGAAGUACAGGAGACCUGACACCAAGGUAGAUAGAUUUAAGUACGCUUGCAUCGUUCCAGAAUCACCAGAGUAUACGUGGGACUCAUCGUGUGAGUCGCCAUGAAUAAUAUUUAUUGUCUGGAGGUCGAAGUGGUGCUUUAGUACCAUGUGUCAAUUAUCAGAGGACAGUGUGCAGGGCAACAGUGGACCGAUCAACAGACCAUUGUUCGGCAACACGAUUUUAUAGCCAUCCUACAGCCCAGGAGGAUGUCACUAGUUCUGAUUCCCAACGCAAGGUAAGGUAGAAGCUGUCAAAUUCUUGGAAAUCAGACAUGCACACCUUGUUUUACAUUUGUUUGUGAUGCAGUCAGCGCAGGGGACUGAAAUAAGCUCUUUAAGUUCUAAUUGUCUUUAAGAAGUGACGUGCGAACUUUAGAUCAGCUUGAGAAUUUUGCCUCUCACAUACUUCACGUGAAGAGGAUAUUACUAUUUCCGGAAGAGUACGUAUAAAAGUUCAUACCAUUUCCGGCACACAACCAAAGCAAGUACAG